CAAUAGUUGCUCUCAGCAGAGAAUGGUUUUGCAUGGACAUGGUGAUUCGUCCGUCCGCGUUUGCGAUCCUUGUAAAAAGCUCGAAGAGGCUGCUCGAUUCGAGUUGCGACAUGGAAACAAAAGUAGAACUGGGAGAGGUAGUUUGAAACCAGCUGUAAAAGACGAGGAUGACGUUUUCAAGAGGAUUGUAGGGGUUGACGGAAAGGAAUCAUCUUCAUCGGGAGUAACUUCAAACAAUGAAAGGACUUCGGGUGUUCAAAUGGAAUUAGGGGUGCUAUGCGUUCCGAUGUGCUAGUUGCCAGUCAUGAUAGGGGAAGAGAAAUGCAUGAAAGUCAGUCUGUUGAUCAGUGUAUGCAGAAUGAUAUGGCGUCAAUCAGUCCCGAGACAUUGCGCCGUCAAGGCGGCAAGCAUUGGAAGAAAGAAGGAAUCAUACGGUUCUUAAAGAAGGGAAAUCUGAGGAAGCUCUUAGAGCCUUUAUGAGAGGGAAGGAGCUAGAGAGGCAGGCUGGAUUUUUGGAGACGACUAUAAGAAAAAACAAUUAAAAAAGUUUGCAAUCCGGCAACAUGUCCAGGAUCCUCAAUAAAGAAAUCCCUGAAGAAUCCGGCAGAACAAACAAGGUCCAUAAUCCGGUGGGUAGGGAUAAGGAUGACCUAGCUGCUGAACUCAGGGAAUUGGGAUGGUCUGAUAUGGAUUUACAUGAGGAUAAUAAAAAGUCCAAAAAAUUGAGUUUGGAUGGUGAAAUUUCUUCUCUUCUCGGAGAAAUUCCGAAUAAGAUUAAUAAUGGCCAUGGCACGGACAAGACCCAGGUUGUUGACAUUAAGAAAAAGGCUCUUUUGCUGAAGCGUGAAGGGAAGCUUGCAGAAGCGAAGGAAGAAUUGAAGAGAGCUAAAGUCUUAGAGAAGCAACUCGAAGAACAAGAACUGUUGGUUGGCGCUGAAGAUUCUGAUGAUGAGCUAUCUGCAAUAAUCCGCAGUAUGGACAAUGAUAAACAAGAUGAAAUUUUAAUUCAGAAUGAGCAUAUGCAAAGCCUUGACUUUGAUUACGUUUCAGGAGCUGCUGAAGAUCUUGGUAUUGAUAGUAAUCUUGAAGUAACUGAUCAGGAUAUGGAGGAUCCAGAAAUAGCUGCUACUCUGAAAUCACUAGGUUGGACUGAAGAUUCUAAUCCUAUUGAAGACGAUAUGGCGCAAUCUGCUCCCGUCAAAAGGGAGGCACUGCUAAAUGAAAUUCUUUCACUAAAGAGAGAAGCUCUUAGUCAAAAGCAGGCAGGUAAUGUUGCGGAGGCAAUGGCUCAGUUAAAGAAGGCAAAAGUACUUGAGAAAGACCUUGAAAGUUUCGAUUCUCAGCCAGAGAAUUCAACAGCUAAUGAAAAUGAUAAUGCUAUGAAAGGUGUGAAUCUGAAACUUGCAUCGAAGAGUAAAUUGAUUAUUCAGAAAGAGCUAAGUCUCUAGAAGCCCAGUUGGAAUAGUUGGGUGCUCAUGAUUCACCAAGGUCUUCUAGCAUUGGGGCAGAACCAGUAGAUGAUGUAGUUGUUGUUGAUCUUCUCGAUCCUCAACUUUUGUCUGCCCUGAAAGCAAUUGGAUUGGAUGAUCCUAAUGUUUUGGCUCAUCGCCCAGAAAGAUCAGAGCUCGUAAAACCGAGUGCUGCCAAAAGUGAAAAUGUUGACCCAGAGAGAAUCCAAUUAGAAGAGCGGAUUAAGGCAGAAAAGGUUAAGGCAGUAAACUUGAAAAGGUCAGGCAAACAAACCGAGGCUUUGGAUGCAUUUCGGAGGCCCAAAAUGCUGGUAAAAAAGCUGAGUUCCUUGUCUUCUUAAA